AUCUCUCUUGUCUGCCAUCACAAUCGCCCACCGUACAUCGGCCGUCCACCACCACUCGUUGACCAACUUGCUCCUUGUUCCCCGAAAUUCUUGAAGCCAAAGCCACGUCGCCUCACUCGUCGCCAGUUGUCAGAAAUCAUGAUGAGAAGUCGUCAUGCUAUUUUCUUCAACUCGAGAUUCUAGUGUUGUCGAACUUCUGUUUUCCUAGCAAGCCAUGCCGUUGUAUUUCCGCUGUUGAGAGGAGCAAAACCCGACCAAUCUUAGCCUCGAUCAUUGUUGGAGAAGUUUGGGUCGCCGCCGCCAAGUUUUGAUGUUUUUGACAUUUUUUCGACGAAUCAGACACUGAUCUGAGAAACCAACAUCAGGAAGGUAUUCCUUUUGCCAAGAGCUCCAAUUUGGUACCCGCCUCCCCCGUCAACGCUCCGAUCAACACUGGUCAACGCCGCUUUGAAAAUAAAAUCCAGUGACCAGUGUGCACAUAGCCACGUGGCGGCAUUCCGUCAGCUGAUCAUAAACAUCAGAUACAUCAACAGCCAAAACUUACUCAGACAGACACAAACAUACUCAUGUGAAUUACCCAAUAAAGCCUCAAUUCCAAAUCGGAACCACUCCUGACUACUCCCACAUGCGUUUCAGCGAUCAAACUCAACACAAAAUCUCUCUCUCUCUCUCUCUGUCUUCGUCACUGAAACUCAGCGACCAGAAACAAACGCCAAAAGCAAAAGCCGAAAAGCAAAAUUAAAUAAAGCCAAAAACAAAAAAAAAGAAAGAGAGAAAGAAAGAAGAAGAGAAAUUUCGUAGAACUAUUAUGACGUUAGCCGGAUAAUUAUUAAUUUAAUCAUCGGUUUAUAUAGCAAGCAUAAACCAAAAAAAAAAAAAAAAAGAGUUGCGUUUUUCUCUCUCUGAAAAAUUUUCCGGUGAGUAGAUUUUCCGGUCUGCGCCGGGGAAAAUCGCCGCCGUCGGUCGGAGAACUGAAGAGGAUUCUGGAGGUAUCGUUAUUCGUCGGCUCCGGAGAUGUCCGAGAACGACGUCGUGUCGAGGACUUUCCGAGCGCUGGUGGAGAGCGCGGACCGGAAGUUCGCUAGGGUUCGCGACGUGCCGGCGUACGGGCGGGUCCAGAACCAGCACUACUUCCAGAAGGUGUUCAAGGCGUACAUGCGGCUGUGGAAGUACCAGCAGGAGAACCGGGCGAGGCUCGUGGAGGCCGGCCUGAACCGCUGGGAAAUCGGCGAGAUCGCGAGCCGGAUCGGCCAGCUCUACUUCGGCCAGUACAUGAGGACCAGCGAGGCGAGGUUUCUUGUCGAGGCCUGCGUCUUCUACGAGGCCAUUCUUAAUCGCGGCUACUUUCAGGGAUCCAAGGGUUUCGGGAAAGAUCUCGGUGUUAGGUUCAAGGAAUUGAGGUUUUACGCCAGGUUUUUACUUGUUUCUUUCAUUUUGAACCGGACGGAGAUGGUCAAGCAUCUCUUGGACCGCUUCAAGGCUCUUGUUGAUGACAGCAAAGCCAAUUUUCGGGAUACUAACUUUAAAGAAUGGAGGCAAGUGGUACAAGAAAUUGUUCGAUUUAUGAAAGUUGAUACAGCUUUUAUGAAUGUCCGACCAUUGCGGUAUUGUGCUACAUUUGAUUCUCAUCCAAAAUCUCUUCCAUAUUUGUCCCGUUUUCAUGCAAAGAAGGUUUUGAAAUUUCAAGAUGCCCUGCUGACAAGCUAUCACAGGAAUGAGGUGAAGUUUGCUGAACUUACGUUGGACACAUUCAGAAUGUUGCAAUGUUUGGAAUGGGAGCCAACUGGAUCCUUUUACCAAAAGCGUCCAAUUGAGCCAAAGGAGAAUGGCUCUUUUACUGAUCAUUCUGGGGCUUCCGGACUAAUUGAUAUGAACUUGGCAGCAGACAUGACUGAUCCAACUCUCCCUCCAAACCCAAGGAAAGCUAUUCUCUAUCGUCCUUCUGUGACCCAUUUGAUAGCGGUUUUGGCUACAAUUUGUGAGGAGCUUCCCCCAGAUGGUAUUGUGCUUGUAUACCUUUCAGCCUCAGGGAAAGUUGGUCGUAAUGUUACCCAAAUGGAAUGCGUAGGAGGAUCUCAGAAAUUGCCAAGAAACAAAGCCGUGUCCCUCCACGAGCAGAAUAAUACGCUGACGGAUUCUUGUGUAAGUGACAAGGGAGAUUCGUCGAGUGGAUUUUAUGAUAAAUAUCUUUGGUUCGGGCCAGGAGGAAAUGGUGGUUUAAAUAACCUCUAUCCUGGAGAUAUUGUUCCAUUUACACGUAGACCUCUUUUCUUGAUUAUUGAUAGUGACAGCAGCCAUGCAUUCAAGGUUUUGCAUGGUGCAGAGAGGGGCGAGCCAGCUGCUCUAUUUCUGUCACCUUUGCUACCGGUGUUUAAGAACCCAUCUGAUGCUGAUACAACACAAAAUGGAAGUCAGUUUACGUUUUUCUUGACUGCUCCUCUGUCAGCAUUUUGCCAAUUAGUUGGCCUUUCAUAUUUGGAUACGGAGGCAGGUGUUUAUAAUGAUGCUGAGGAGAUACUCUCCACUGCCUUCUCUGAGUGGGAAGUAAUUCUAUGCACAUCAACAAUUCUGGAUCUGGUUUGGGCACAAGUUUUAUCUGAUCCAUUUCUCCGGCGACUUAUUCUGAGAUUCAUAUUCUGCAGAUCGGUGCUGUAUUUCUUCUGUUCUCCAGAAGAUAACGAGCAAUGUUUGCCCACGUGCUUACCAUCUCUUCCUGGUUCCGUCUCUCCCGAGUCUGAUGUUGUGCGGGCUGCUGUUCUUCGGCUAGCAAAGCAUUUAAGAGUUGCUGACUGCUUUCACUUUGAUGAUACGUGAUUAGAACCCAAAAAUAACAGUCAUACUUAUCAUCACACUUUUUUUCGGGGAUCAGCGUCCAUUGGUUCAAUGGAACGAAAUGUCUCCGUAAUUGGUGUUCUCCGGGAUCGCAAGAUCGUCAUUUGUUGUUGAUGGAGAUUAGGCCAUCAAUGUAGAGAAGUGCAGAGUGGAAACGUGGUUGCUUCUGCCUGUUUUUAGCGCAAUCCUGCUGUUUCUUCGCGUCUGUAUCUCUGUAUGCUGAUUUUGUUGUAUGGUGGCUCUGUGUUGAGUUAGGUUUUGGUGUCUGAUAAUUUGGUAGGUGUGAGCGUUGUUCAGGUUAAUUAUUGAGGCAUUUUCUUUUUACUUAUAAUUAAUUGUUCAUACCCUUUGUAAAAGAAAAGCAGGUAGUGGAAACGAAUGUAUAUCUUUCUAUUUUUUGA